ACUGAAUUUUUGUCUAUCAUUAUCCGUUCACUUGGCUUUUAUAAUUUAUUUUGUUUUGGACAGAAUACCGUAUAAAAACAUCAACAAAAUGGCCGCUCGCGGCGAUCUAAUUGCACAAUUCAUUGAAAUCACUGGCAGCGAUGAAAAUGUUGCUCGUUUCUAUCUGUCCAGCUGCGACUGGGACAUUGAGCAAGCACUUGGCAACUACUGGAGCACACAAUCGGACCAACCGGCUAUUCGCACACUAGUGGGACAGUCAGAAAACCCGACACCGGCACCGGUAACAACUUCAAGUGCUGCCGGCGCCAGCGCCAGCGCUGGCCCCGCCGCCGCAUCGGCAACAGCCGCUAAAGCUGUGCCGGCGGCAACUAGUGCUCCACCAAAGGCUUCAAGUGCUAAACCAAAGUUCGCCACGCUCAGCGACAUGUCCAAGCAGUCGUCCAGCGAUGAUGAGCAUCAAGCCUUUUAUGCCGGCGGCUCUGAUCGUUCGGGCCAGCAAGUCUUGGGACCGGCAAAGCGUAAAAACUUUCGCGAACAACUAACCGAUAUGAUGCGCUCCGCUCAGGAGCAGAACAUUGCCGAAGUGGGCGUCGGUCCGUCGACCAGCGCCACGGCAAACGUAAGCGGCGGCAAUGUUUGGGGGCAGGGCAUGCGUCUGGGCAUGACCAACAAUGAUCACACGUCAGUGGGCGCCAGUCGCCCGGCACAGCCAACGGAAAACAAGCCGGUUGUGGUACUUAAGCUCUGGAGCCAAGGCUUCUCCAUUGACGGGGGCGAGCUGCGUCACUAUGAUGAUCCGCAAAACAAGGAGUUCCUGGAGACGGUGAUGCGUGGGGAAAUUCCACAAGAACUGUUGGAAAUGGGACGCAUGGUAAAUGUCGAUGUAGAGGAUCACAGACAGGAGGACUUCAAGCGUCAAGCAGUGCCACAAACCUUCAAAGGUUCCGGCCAGAAACUGGGCAGUCCCGUAGGCAACAUUGUGAGCAACAAAGAACCAGCCGCUACGGCUACCCUCGCACCGGCCGACGUGGCCAACCAGGAGGCCAGUGCACGUGAUGCCAUCAAUUUGAAUGCUGAAGCUCCAUCAACCACACUCCAAAUACGUUUGGCAGACGGCUCGCGCCUGGCGGCUCAAUUCAAUUUGACGCACACCGUCUCGGACAUACGUCGUUUUAUACAAAACGCACGUCCGCAGUACUCGAACAGCAAUUUCGUGCUGGUGUCGUCGUUCCCAACACGUGAGCUAAGCGAUGACAGUUCCACAAUUGAGAAGGCUGGCCUUAAGAAUGCUGCGCUGAUGCAACGCCUUAAAUAAACUGUUCACUGUUCAGAUAAAAGAUACAACAAAAUAAUAAUAAUUAAAAUACAAAUGGAUAUGGUGCAUUCAAAUUGCAAUACAACCCAUAAACAA